AUGUCUCCCGUCCAACAAUAUUGGCUUCCAGGCUAUGGGCUGUCCCGACACAUUGUCUUGGGACACAUCCAGUAUUUCCUUGGGCCAUCUGCAUCAGUCAGACCUUAUAGUUACCAAGGACGCGAAGGUUACCUCAUCGUCGGCAUGCCUCUCACGCGGCCGGAUCUUGCUGACUCUUCCAACAAGGAGCAAAUCGAUGAUCUGGCCGCAAUGUCCCGAGAGUACGAAAAGCAAGAAGCUACUCGAAUGACCCAAAACAACAGUAACAGCUCGGCAUCCAGCCCCAACAGCGAGAACUCGGCACAUCAGUCCCUAGAUGAGCCCUAUAUCAACGAAAUCAUUCCAGUGAAUGUGUCCGGACCACGUAGGCGUGCAGAGCCAGACUCGCGUGGUGGUCGUUGA